GGAGCUUGGCUGUCUUCUGUCACGUAAAAAAUUUACGAAUUUUACCCCGUGAAGCCGUAUUGUCGGCUCGUAAAAUAUUGUUUUAUUAUAGUUCGAGUCUCAGUGGUUCACGCCGGCGUCUCCGAGACGAAAUGUGCCCUUCAAUACGCCUUAUUCUCAUCAGAAACAAAUAAUUUUGAGACACAUUGCACAAUUUAUCAUCGUUUCCAACAAUGUCGCAUGAAAUAUUGCACCUUCUAUGCAGCCCCAUGAAACUUGAGCGAGAUCAGGCAAUAUCUGAAUUAAAUAAAAUACUGCCAGCUUCGAGCCAAAGUACUGUGCAACAAUUCAAAAAUGCCUUAAUCGCCGCAGCUGCAAACAGAGAGGCGUCGUGGGAGACGAAAUAUGGCUGCUUAUUAGGCACUAAAAUAGUCGUUAGUUAUCUCAACAUAGAAAAUGAACACGACCAACUAUUUAUAAAUAAGUAUAAGGACACAGCUUUGCAGUACCUAAUUGACGAUGAGCCACGAAUUCGAAUAGCCGCCGGGGAAGUUCUGGGCGCACUUUGCGCAAAAGCAGGCCCUCUCUUGUAUUCUGAGAUAAAAACGUCCCUUGUUAAUCUCCUAUCGAGUCAAAUUGAUUCUCAGAAUACAGAUCAGCAACAGAUUAUGCACAAAAUUGCAUCCAGCUCGGAAACAGGUGACUCGUCAACCGCUUUAGAAACAACGUUAAAAUGUCUACAAAAUAUUGCUGAAGGAUGUGGUCAUGAAUUUCAACCAUUCAUUGACGCUGAGAUGUUGAAUUUGGUGUUUCGGAGCACCAAGCACUCCUGUCGAUUUGUUAGAGAAGCUGCGUUUUAUCUUUGUGCUUCGUUAGUGACUAAUGCAGUGGACGAACAUUUUUUACUAGAUUAUGGUGAGUGUGAUAACACUGUUAUCAAUACAUACGGCAAUGAGUUUGCCCACAAUUUAUCAUCUGGCCUAUCGGACAACUGGUCGCAAGUUCGUUUGGCAGCCAGUGUUGCAACUAGAAAGUUUUUGGUCGCCUUACCUAUGGCCAAGUCCAGGGAAGCAUAUUAUCCUGAACUUUUACCAAAGAUUUGUUUAAACAGGUACUAUGUAGCUGAGGGAGUUAGGAAUUAUUCACAAGAAACCUGGAGACAAGUUACAGGUCCCGAUGGUAAAGCGCUAGUAGAAAGAUUUGUAAACGAAACAGUCAAUUAUUACAUAAAAACAACACAAAGCGAUAAUCAUGCAGUUAGAGAGGCAGCUUGUUCGUGUAUCGCAGAAUUAGCAACGAAAAUUGAUUCGGAAUGUGUUCGUCCACAUGUUCAGCAACUAUUAUCUGCACUUGGUAUUUGUUUUCAAGAUGAUUUUUGGCCAGUCCGAGACGCUGCGUGCUUAGCUUGUGGCAGCUUGAUACAGACUUUUCCGCAAGAAUCUCAAAAGGCUCUUCCCAGUUUGUAUCCUAUGUUUUUCCGGAAUUUGGAAGAUCCAAUUGCAAGUGUACGCCAGGACGCAGCUAUUGGACUAAGUAACAUAGUCAGAGCUUAUGGCACUUCAGCUCUGGCUGAAGUUCAUCCAAGAAUGGUAGCGGGAUUGAAUGGUGUCAGGAACCAACCAGACUCUAGUCUUCUAUUUUCAGAGCCUAACUCUAAGCUAAAUACAAAUUAUACGAGUACUCGUAGAUGUCCGCAAGUUGCAGAUCCCACCGAUGAUGUACCGAUGUAUAAGUAUAACAGACAUACUGAUUUAGAUCACGUGAAGCGUAAACCGAGCGAGCCAUGGGAGCUAGCAGAUGGGUAUUUAAUAUUUAUUCUAGUAUACAAAAUACCCAAAUGUUUACGAUCUAAAGAAAGUUUAAUGAUUUUCAUGGAAUUUUCUAUGCCAUUUUCACGAGUGAAAAAAUUUUUUGUCAGGUGUUUACAUCUACUCGGAGAACUAGCAAUGAUUGGAGGACCUGCGUUAAAUGUAGUGACCGAAAUUUUACCGCUCCUCGCUGAAAUUUCAAAGCUGCGUCACUAUAGCAAUCAUUUGCAGCUACUAGAAAAUUUGUGCAAAACACUUCCCAUUAUUUGUACCAGCAUAGGGAAAAAAUAUACGAAAUCUUUAGUGCAAGAUUUCUUUGAUUCCAUUUUCUAUGCAUUAGAAAGUGAAAAUGCACUCACAUCCAGUGCUGCUAGUCAGUGUCUAAAUACAUUGAGCUCUCUCAUUGGUCCCUCUAUACUGCGUGCAAAGGUGCAAUCAUACAAUCCAAGUUAUCUUCAUCAUUUGGAUGCAAAUAUCCACAUAGCACCGUUAUAACGCCAAAGUUAGACAAGACAAAUUUAUACUGAACUGACCAAGUUUAGAAUUAUAAAUCAAUUUUUAAUAUCCAACGCAUAAUUGAGUGUGCGUGCUUUAUAAAACAAAUUAAUUUAUUAUAUGUUUCAUAUAAUGUAUGUGUGCUUUAUGGCCAAAAUUUCAAGAGCGCCUUAAGAAUUUCCAAAUCCAUAGUCAAUUCAUACAAUUUUAAUAACUGUAUAUCUAUCAGCAUGUUCCUGUUUUACCUCUUUGCAUUCUAAGAAUUGAAUUUUAUAAACUUUGUAAAUCUUGCAUAAUAAAAAAUAAAAAAUAUCGAUGCAUAAAAAUUCCAAUUUCGAUGUACAUGUUCUAUUAUUAUGUAUUGGAACAUGAAAUUUGGAACGUGUUUGUCAUAUCUAAAGGGCGAAAAAUUCAGUCAAUGUGAAGGAUAAGAUCCUCGAGAAGCAGAACUAGCAAAGUUUAGACUUAAUUUGGUGCUAUAAUUAACUGGAUAUGAAAUAUUCUAUGGAUUGCAUUUUACGCAAAUUGGCAAAAAUAAUUGAAAUAAAUUAUUCAAAUCGAGUAAAAUGCGUGCAUAAAGAUUUACAUUUAUUUCCCUAUAUAUAUAAGAUAUUUAUGUAUAAAAAACAUUAAUAAAUAUAAGUCACUUGUUCAGGUCUUGUACCUCCAUUUUCUAAAUUUUUCUCUUACCAGCAUGGUUGCUCGAAAAAUUGGAUGAUAUUACUGAGAUCUGUGACUUCUGAACAGUUACUGCUUUCUUAAAGCAUACUUAAACAUCCUGUAUCUAGUUUUAAACAUCAAAUUCUG